CAGAAUUUUUUUUAAAGCUUGGAUCUUAUCUGGUGGCAUUGGCGGCGAUGUGCGAGGAGGCGACGCGGAGCAGGGUGCUGGUGGUCGGCGCCACCGGCCGCCUCGGCGGAAGCCUCGUGCGCGCCAGCAUCGCCGCAGGCCACCCCACCUUCGCGCUCGUCCGCCCCCACCACCUCGCCGUCCCCGACUCCGCCCCACUCGGGUCGCUCGCCGGCGCCACGCUCGUGAAGGGAUCACUCGAAGAUUACCCGAGCCUGCUGGAAGCGGUGCGGCAGGUGGAUGUUGUCAUCUGCGCGGUGCCCACGAAGCAAGCGCUCGAGCAGAAGCCUCUGAUUCGGGCUAUUAAGGAAGCUGGAUGCGUGAAGAGAUUUAUUCCCGCAGAAUUUGGACUUGAUCCCACAAAGGUUCAAAUUUGUGGCAUGGACCAUGGCUUCUAUGAGAAGAAAAUUGAAAUACGCCAUUUCAUAGAGACUGAAGGCAUUCCUCACACCUACAUCUGCUGCAAUUUCUUGAUGCGCUAUUUACUUCCAUCACUUGUGCAGCCAGGACUUGAUGCUCCUCCAACAGAUGAAGUUAAGAUAUUUGGUGAUGGAAACACUAGAGGAGUUUUUGUUGAAGAGACCGAUGUCGCUAAGUUCACGAUCUGCACCAUAGAGGACCCCAGGACAUUAAACAAGACACUCUAUCUGAGACCCUCAGGGAAUAUCUUUUCAAUGAACGAAUUAGUUAACCUAUGGGAGAAAAAAAUCAAUAAGCUCCUGAACAAGAUAUAUAUAACAGAAGAACAACUCCUGAAAAGCAUUCAAGAUGCACCGUUACCGUUGAAGAUGGAUUUAAUAUUUAUAUAUUCAACAUUUAUUAAGGGCGACCAAACAUAUUUUGAAAUUGACUCGGGAAUGGAAGGAACUCGAUUGUAUCCUCAUGUAAAUUAUACCACAGUGGAAGAUUAUUUAGAUAAAUUAGUUUAGAAUAGCAAAUAUUUGCUUUUCUUGAACUAAUACUAUUCCUACUUUUAUUAGUUUUAGUCCCCUUCCCCUUUGGAUCAUGUGGCUCAAUGGGGGUUUCAACUCUAGCCUAUGCCUACUUGCUUGGGACUAAAGGCUAGUAUUCAUGUAUCUUGCUCUUGCUCAUGAACAAAACCCUUCUGAGUUCUGUUAAAUGGUCUUUUGGAAGAAUUACAAAAUGACAAUCAAGUCUCAAUUUGUAUGUUCAAUAAAUGAUCUUGUCUGGUUUUCUCCCUGCCAGUUAUUUGGCUCUAAGACUUUGUUCAGAUUUAUCUAAUUAACAAUAACUAAUACAAAAACCAAUGUAAUUAAUAAUUUUUAGGUACUAAUGUUUGAUCAAUGACCAAGUAAUUGUUAGAGGCAUUUUUUUUUCUUUUUUGCAAUCGCCAAGGUAAAAUUUUGUUCUUCAAUUAACGACUAAUGGAGGACAUUGGUGAACCCAUACACCUUCAGAAAAAAAGUUAUUUACGGUGGAUGUUUGUAAUGGGCUAGCAGAUGUCACAUGAUGAGAAGUGUUGAGGAAGGAUGAACAUCUGUAUUAUGUGAGGCAAUAAAUGCAAGAUCAUACAGCUAGAGGUUCCUACAUAUCCUCCUUUGGAAUAGAUGACAAUUUUUAUAAUGAGCAGCCUAGGGAGUGGAGAAAACUGGCUGCUUCCUCUCUUCUGCUUUGGUUUCUUCUCUCCUUGGUGGAGUGAAAGAAGAAGACAAAAAUGCCAACAUAGAAAAAUAAAAUUGAAAUAUGUGUUUCUUGUCUUCCUCCUCUUAUUUGUCUCCUUAUAGCUCCUUGCUUUUGUCCUCCUUUUUGCCAUCCACCUGUGGAUGUUGGAAGGACACUAUACUGCUCUUUCAGGUAACUUUACCUGAUUAAUCCUUGAUCGGUUUAGUUUGAUUCAAAAUUUGCAUUGCAAAUUUCAUUACCCUGAAAACUACAACACCCUAAGAAUGAGAUGAUGGCAUAAGGUAUGUGAAAAACUCAGUUAGAUAUUUGAUUCUAGUUCCGUUAUGUUCUUGACAGUGUAGGUCUCUAGACCCAGAGGCAAGGAAGAGUUGCAUCUAGGUAGAGUUUCUAGAUUCAUUAUGCCUCUGCAGUUUAAGUCUCUAGAACUAAGAUAGGGUUGCAUCCAGGAUUGCAAACUCUAUGGUAUUUUGAACCCAAACACUUGGUAAAUGCCAGUUUCAAAUGAUCAAAUCCUAGCACUUCCGUUUUGUGUAGUAGACUUGUUCUGUAAUGCACCUCCAGAACUGUAGUUCCCAUGUAUAGGAGUUAGCCAGUUAGGUACUUGGCUUCCAUAUACAAAACUUUCAGAUAUUUCAGCUAGCUCAUAGUGAUACCAUGUUGAUCUGUGGUUCUAUUCAUUUUCUCUAAGCCAUAUUUUCACCAGAACACUAUUAAUUCAAAUGGUCACAUAAACAAAUCCACCCACACCAAUCCAGUGCUGUAAUACUACAGGAUGUCAUGAAGGAGUAAGGCAAGAGUGAAAUCUGUGCAACACUAUAUUCUGAUUUAACUGUGAUCUGUGAGUCUGAAUAAAGUGAGCCUAGGUUCACAUAAAGUUAUAAACUCAAUUUGCAUUUUGCACAUUCAGGGAGUUCUUUUUCAUAUAGCAAUCCAAUUCGUUAUCUGUUUGUUAAUUGUUCAAGGUCUGUUGUCAAUUGAAAUUACCCAA